UUGUUAUCCAACCAAAUUUGUACCUGGUAAUAAACUCGUAAUAUACAUAUAACCAUUUUGUAGAUAAUUUUGUCUUCUACAAUUUUUGUUUGAGACUUUUUAUUGUACAAACAGUAUAAAGCGAGAUAUUUACGCAAAGCCUAAUUGUUUUUAGUGGAAAAAUCAUAUUUCAUUAAAAGUGUACACUUUGUUGGCCUUAUAACGGAAAAACUAUAAACUUGACGUGAAAAUAUCAGAAGACCAUUUUUGUAGAUAAUUACCUCCUCUACAAUUUGUAUCCAAAACUUUUUUUGUACGACCAAUAAAAAACAAGAUAUUAAAAAAAGGCCAAUUUGGUGACCUUUUACCUCAAAUAACCUUUAAUGCGUACAUGAUAACGAGGUCGACUUUACACAUUGCUUACAACAAUGCAAUAAAGAUGUGUACCAAAAUUCUGUUAGGUGGGAAUUUUUCCAAGCUGAAAACCUAAUUUGACUGGACUAUUAACAAAUGGAAAAGGGAAAAGAAAGUGUAUAUAUUAAAUUCUUAUGUAUGUUUUAAUUUUUAGGAUAUAUAAUAUUAUUGAUAAAUUGUAAUUGUUUUCGGACACAAAAUAUUUCAAUAUUAGUUUUAUUUUAAUGAUAGUAAUUAUUUCAUUUUUUUUUUUUUUUUGAUCAUGAAGCCUGGCAACUAUGGCCCUUAGCUGUUUGUUUUUGUUUGUAGGGAAGGAAAUUGUAGGUUUGUAAACACGUGUGUUUUUGGUUUAGCAGAUUUUUUAGUGAGCACCUGUAGGUAUCUGCAUGCUCGGGUGGGGGAUGGCAGCAUUUCUCUCCGGACACCGUGACUUGCCCGAAGAAAAAUGCCAUCCACGGCCAGGUUCCAACUGUACAUCUCAACCAACGCCUUAAUCCACUCGGCCAUUCUGUCCCCCUAGAUAGUAAAUUUGUGUUAUCACUAUAAUUGCGUAUCAGAAAAAAAUACAUGAACCUAUUGUAUUUCUUCAAAACUAAUUUGUAAAAUGUAGGACAACUUACUGUUGAAAAUAUUUUUAACUGUCUUGGUUGGAUAUUAUAAACUAAUUGUCUAUUAUUUAAUUAAUUUUAUAAAUCACAUAUGAGAGAGAAAUAGAAAGACUAAUCAAUGAUCCUGCUAUGAUUAACACUCCUUAUAAUUCGAGAAUUUUGAAAGUCCAUGAAGAGGAGUACCCUGAUUUAUUUAAAAAAAUAUUCAAGAACAAAAAGAAAGAUAAGAAAAAAUCUAUUAAGGCCGUUACUAGUAAAGAACUUAUGUCCCCGAAAAAAUUAAGUAAACAACAGACGUCUGAUAGAGAAUAUUUGAAAAACGAUUCCCUUCAACCAGUGGACAUGGAUGUGGAGACAUAUUAUGAUAGUAUUAAUCCUAUUGACGAUGACGACGAAAAGAAAUUAGAAUUGUUUGAUUCUUUGGACGAUCACACGUCAGAAUAUCGCACUAUUACCAACACAGAUUCUUCUAUGAUUAACACUUCUUAUAAUUCAAGAAUUUCAAAAGUCCGUGAUGAAGGGUACCCUGAAUUAUUUCAAAAGUUAUUAAAAAAUAAAAAGAAGGAACAGAAAAAAGUUAUUAAGGCAAUAACGUCAAAGGAAAUAAUGUCACAGAAAAAAAUUAAUAAACGUAAACAAUCGGCGUCAGAUAAAGAAUAUUCAAAAAACGAUUCCCCCCAAUCAGUGGCCAUGGUUAUGGAAACAUAUGAUAGUAAUAAUUAUAUUGGUGAAGACGGCGAAAAGAAAUUAGAAUUUUUUGAUUCUCGAGACGAUUACACGUCAGAAUAUCGCACUAUGACCGACACGGGCAUAUAUUUUGCACAAUAUUGUAAUCAAACAUUUAACAACGUCAACGGUGUACAAAGUCACGAAAAUGUUCUCACUGGAAACACUCCUCUCCAGUGCGACGUUUGUUUUAAAACGUUUAGUUGUAAAUCUAAAUUGCAUAUACAUAAAAGAACGCACACUGGGGAUAAACCAUAUGCGUGCGAUUUUUGUUUUAAAACGUUUAGAUGCAAAUCUAAAUUGCAUAUACAUAAAAGAACGCACACUGGGGAGAAACCAUAUGCGUGCGAUUUUUGUGGAAAUUCAUUUUCGAGAAAAGAACAUCUGGUUACACAUACAAGAACGCAUACUGAGGAGAGACCAUUUGCGUGCAAUGUUUGUGGCCAAUCAUUUACGCAGCAAACAAAUUUGGUUAGACAUGAAAGAACGCAUACUGGGGAGAAGCCAUAUUCUUGCAACGUUUGUUGUCAAUCAUUUUCGCAGAAGACAACAUUGGAUAGACAUAAAAGAACGCACACUGGGGAGAAACCAUAUACGUGCAACGUUUGUGGCCGAUCAUUUGCUCAACAAUCAGCUUUGGUUGUACAUUACAGAAUACACACAGGCGAAAGACCAUACGAGUGCGGCCAGUGUGAAAAAAAGUUCUCAGCAAGUGGUGAGUGUACAAAACAUAUACGAAGAGUUCAUAUCAAAUGUUUUUAAACUUGUUAUGAACGUUUGAAUUCGUCUAUUCGGGUGUUCGGGACGAACAAGAAACAAAACCAUAUAGUUCUUACUCUCAACAACGAUCGUCCGUUGUGAAUAAAACCUUGUAUAUAGCCGAAUAACUGCGAUGCCCACUGGCGCCUGGCCUUAUACUUUCAUCGAUCGUCCUCGAAAUUGGUCGCACCGGGAAAUCUUCUUACCCUUGAGUGCGACGCUUGUACCAACACGUUCUUACAUCAUUUUAUGUAAACUCUUUGAACGAAGAUCGCAAGUAGGUCAGAAACAUCGCGCGUUCGACAUUUGUGAUAUUUGCUUUUUUGUAGAAGUUACUCUAUUCAACCAUUUCAACCACACUAUAAAAACACGCACUCUGAAAAACAUAUAUUGUUGCGAUAUUUCAAAAAGCUUAAAGCUUACAAAAAAGCUACGGAUAUUUCUUAAUUUGUUACAAACGUUAUUAUAACUAUAUUAAACACCAAACGUGUACAGUAAUAGAUGUAUUGCUUCUAUCAAUGUAAAUAUUCUCUACCGUAGAAUUAUUCUGUGAGCAGAUAGCGAGUAUAAUCUACUCGACUAAAAUUAGAAAAUAAUAUAAUGUAUAUAUUAGUUAUAAGUUAUAACUGUAGACUGUUGCUCAAUUUGAUUUCGUAACAUAUUAUAAUAAUCAUAUUAAAUAAGAACUAAAUCCAGUUUGUAGAAUUUAUAA